CUAAAAAAUGACACCCACCAUCUCCGUGCCACUCAAUCGAUUCGCGUCGUUUCUCGAUGUUCUCAGCCAUCCUCCACCGCCAGGUACUCCAGGUCCAUCUCUUCCGGUUCUGAACCCCACAGAGUCUUUCUGGUUGACCCCAGAAGAUAACCCACUGUUGAAAGAAGGCAGCACCGGAGCAUUGGGCAGCGAUGAAGUGGAUAUCUGUAUCAUCGGAUCUGGGAUUUCUGGGAUUUCGGCUUUGUGGUAUCUCUUGAAGGGUUUGCACGAGAUCAAGGAGACAAAGGGGAAAGAGAAGGUCAAAGUGAUGGUACUCGAAGCUCGAGAUUUCUGUUCUGGUGCCACCGGUCGGAACGGAGGGCACCUCCUCCCAAACCCUUUCUUGGGCUUCUCUCAUGUUCAGUCGGUGCACGGAACAUCUGAAGCUAUCAAAGCGUUUGAUUUCGAAACGCGAUGCACGAAUAAUAUCCUCGAUUUUAUCCAAAGCUCGGGGAUCGCGUCCGAAAUCGAUUUGGUAGAAGGCGGCCACAUGAUGUUGUUAUUCACGCAAGAAGAAGAGAAGAGUGUAAAGGUGGAUUACGAUGAAGCCUUAAAGGCUGGAAUGAAGCUUGAGAACAUUGAAUGGGUCGAAGAGCCGGUUGUCGAACGGCGCUAUGGAGCUCCUUACCCUGGCCUCAAAAUCCGAGGCUACAACCUCUGGCCUUCGAAACUGGUAACAGCCCUCUUCAACGCUAGCAAAAAGCUCGCAGAUGAAUCCAAUAACUCUAUCGAGUUGUACCUCCACACUUCAACACCCGUUACCUCGAUAACCUCGGAUGGCACAGACAGCUCACACCAGCACACUCUGCACACACCCCGCGGCCUUAUCAAAGCAAACUACAUCCUCCAUGCCACCAACGCCUAUGCAUCAUAUCUGCUUCCCUCCCUGUACGGACCGAAUGGGAUCAUUCCUACGAGAGGUCAGGUAAUCGCCAUCCGUCACAACCUCGGGAGGGGAACAGAGAAAGAUGGAGAGAUGAAAAAGUUAUCGUGGGAUGGGAAUGAAGGAUUCGAGUAUUGGUUUCCAAGACCGAGACCUCACAUCCCAAAUUCCGAGUCGUUGCGUAUGCGUACCAGUACACAAACACCCCCGGGUACACCUCCUCCGUUUCCGUUGAUUAUUCUUGGAGGAGCAAGAGAGAUGGCGAAAGGAUACGAGGCGUACGUGUCGGAUGAUUCGGAGCGUAAUCCUGAGGUUGGAGAAGGAUUGAGAAAGUUUUUGGGUAGUGUGUUUGUAGGGAGUGGGGUGGGAGUCGUCGAGAAAGAAUGGACUGGGAUCAUGGGAUAUACGAGGACCGGGGAUCCUUUCGUGGGUCCCGUGUUAAACCCAGGUUCCGAGAAAAUUAGAGUUCCUCGUCAAUACGUUGCUGCUGGGUAUACGGGACAUGGGAUGCCUAGAGCUGUUGCAUGCGGGGAGAUCGUAGCCUCGAUGAUCCUCUCUGAUAUGGAGGGGAAGACAUGGGAUAAACCACAUUGGAUACCUGAGACUUACUUGACGUGGAACAAGUAGUGCUUAGUAAAGUUAUAGUAAGAAUGUAUUAUGUGACCUGUGCAAUGGUCCCACAACCGGCCACUCUGGAAGCCGUGCACCGCUGGCGUUACUUGCACCUCUGCUUGGAGUGUCCCAUGCGUCUUACCAACCCUCCAGAUUUCGACCCUCUCCCUUGAAGUGGGUGGUACAUCAAACUGGC